AUGGAGCUGUAUGAGGAGGACAUGGACGAGAAGGAGGAAGAAGAGGAGGACAUUAAACCUCUGGACUUCCAAACAUUGGAUCGGCUCAAUACUGAGUUAUUCAAAUGUUUUAAUCUUGCUGAUGAAGUUGCGAAAGAAAUUCAAGAAUCAACAAAUGCCAAAAGGAAACAGAGGCAGAGGAAGUCAUUAUUCCAAGCCAUUCAGCAGCAGGAAAGAAAACACCGCGAUAUUGAUUUUAGGGUGGAGAAGGCGAAGCUGGAGCUAACCAGAGAUCAUCUGAAAUCCAAAUACCAACGAGACGACAGGUUACUUUACACGGAGGAGAUCCAAAUGUUUAGUCUUCAGAAGGUUCUUGACGCUGAGAAUCGGUGCUACGACAAUUACUUAAGCAUCAACAAAAGUCGGGCUGAAAAGGCUUCACUCGGGACUGAGGAGGCCCGGGACGCAGAGUCGGAGCUGGACGGGCUGAACGAGGCUUUGGCUGAAGGAAAAAAAGAGGUUGAGAAAGAUCUGGAGCGGAUCGAUGGCGUCCAGAGACAGUAUUCCCACUGCAAAGACGUGAUCCUGAAGAUAUCCCAAGAGGCGCACAAGGCAAAGCUGGAAUACGGAAAGAAGAUCAAGAGUUUUGGAGAAGACAACGUGGUGUCCACGGUGACGGAGGUCCUGGACGUGAUGACGGAGGUGACGGAGCAGAAUCUGUCUCUGAUUCAGAACACUCCCAAACUGGACGACACGCUGAAGGACCUGAGCCAGUGCAUCCUCAGCACCUCCGCCCAGACAGAAGAAGUUGAAGAAAAAGUGUCCCUGCAGAUCCUCGACCUGACGAGUAGAGUGGAAGCACAGAGGAUGAGUACCGUCAAACUGGAGCAGAAAGUCAAGCUGUACGAAGCCAUCGAGACCGACGCCCAGGACCUGGUGCUGAACGCCCUGGGGGAGAUGACGUCCAGGGCCUACGCUCGCUACGACCGCCGGCAGCUGAGCGCCCUGAGCAGCCUGGAGAAACUCACCAACAUCGAGAGACGGGUGUGCUCAGUCCUGGAGCAGCUGGAGGCCGUCCCCGAGGACUUUGUGGAGGCCAUGAUCAAGAUGAAGGAGAGCGAGAGGAGGCUCAGUCAGCUGGAGGAGAAGCGGCGUCUGGAGCGACUGAAGCAGAAGGAACGGCAGCAGAAGUGCAUGCAGAGGACCUUCAAACAGGCGCCCGGGAAAGGGGGCAGGAGGCUCAUGCCGCGGCACAUCCCCGUGAGUCGAACCAAAGAAGAAGAAAAGAAAACAGAGCCGGAGGAAGAGGACGACAUCCAGGUGUUUCUGUGGGGUCCAAGAAACGCACAAUAA